GGUGGGCAGAAGCUUCCAGAAUCCAGUGGCGUGUGCUCUUUGACGGAAGUUCUCUCCUAAGAAGAAAACAACGAUAUUUUCUGCUUCUAUUCUGAAUUCAGACCCAGAAAAAAGCGGAUCAGAACAAAUUGAUGAGAGCUGAAAGAGCAAACAGCUGACUGAAGCAUUAAAUAAAGCGAAUCUUUUGUCACUACUGCGGCCACACCAGCAGCAUCAGAGUUUGAUCAUCAGCUUUGCUUAGUAACGAAAAGAUGGAGGGGAGUGUGACAGUUAUCACUAACCCAACCGUGUCUGUACGGGUGACCAGUACCCUCAGCUCAUUCGAGGUCAACCGGAGAUUCAACCGAGGCAUCACCAUCGCUGAGUUUAAGAGUAAACUGGAGCUGAUUGUGGGUACGCCAGCUGGCUGUAUGGACCUUGAACUGUUUGGCACAUCAGACAAGUUUUUACAGAAACUAGAUGACAAUGAUGCCCUGCUUGGCUCUUAUCAUGUAGAUGAUGACUGCAGAAUACAUGUGACAGAUCGCAGUGGUACUCAGAGUGGUGAGUUCAGUGAUUUGUCCAAGGUUGAGAAAUUUGAGAUUCCUGACGAUGCUUAUGAUAAAAGGACAGAUUCGGUGCGUAACUUCAAGAAGAAUAUGAAGUUGGGUCGAUUUAAUGAGGAAAACCGGGCCAAACAAGAAGAGGCGCUUGCUAAGAAAGAAGAGGAAGAGAAGGCAGCAGCUGCAGCCAUUGCUGUUGGAAAUCGCUGUAAAGUUGUGGUUCAAGGGCAACCCACCAAGAUUGGCACAGUUAUGUUUGUGGGUACGACAGAUUUCAAGCCUGGCUGUUGGGUAGGUGUAAAAUAUGAUGAGCCACUUGGGAAGAACGACGGCAGUGUGAAUGGAAAACAAUACUUCAAGUGUGAACCAAAAUAUGGUGCCUUCGUGAAGCCCCUCUCAGUAACUGUGGGAGACUUCCCUGAAGAGGACUUUGGUUUAGAUGAGAUGUAAGACUGCCAAAAGAAUGAACCUCUUUCUUGAAGAAGUUUGACUUCAUGCAGUGAGAAACUGUUGUUGAAUGCUGAAAUGCAGUUUCUUGUCAUCAGGUUUUAUGUCAUCAGUGCAGAUUUAAUAAUUCACACCAGUCUGAGUAGAUUGGGAAAAUACCUUUAAUUAACAUCAUAUUGGUUUGGUGACUUGAAGUUACUAGGUAAAUGUGAAAACAUCCAUCAGAAAAUUUUACCUAUCAUCUAGACAAAAAACAGGAUCUUGAGAGUAUUUGUUUGCAUGUUGAAGGUUCAACGGGUAAUUUCAUCCUAGACCGAAUCAUUUUACGUCAGACAAGAACCAACUAACCAAAACUACAAAACCUGUUCUUCACAGUCCAUACACAUUUUACUUGUACUAGUGAAUUCAGCUUACAGUCCAUUAUAUUGUUAUUCAUCAUUAUGACUGUGUUUAGGGUGUCCAUCCCGCGUUCUGUUAGGCACUUUAGCUGUAAGCACAGCAAUGAGUCACGUAGUGUAAAAUCUUUGGGCCUCAGUUUUCCGUGGUUCUGUAUUUUCUUGAAUUGGCAUGUAAGCAUUUUGAUGGACGUCAAAUUCAUAUUUAACAAAAAGUGUGUAGUAAACUCUCUGUUUUAAAUAAAUCAUUGUGCCAACUUUGAGACAUCCUUUGAGAAAUAAUAAUAUGCCCAAGUUGUCUUAUGAAAUCUAAAAUAUAGUCACAGCCCAUAAACUUAACAAAAAUCAAUUAACAUUAAUAUUUGGUCUAUACAAUGCAAUUCUGAUUGUUUGACACUAGACCAAAGAUUUUCAUUGUUUGAUGUGACCUCAGUAGAAAAUUGGCAUUAGACAAUUCCCGUGUCCUUAUAACUUCUGUACAAACUUGGAUUGAAUGUUUCUUGUGCUGGCCACAAUGUAGUCUUUAACUUGGAACAGUAGGAGGUGUUUUUGUUUUUUGACAAUGACAUGCAUAUGUUAUAUAACAUGACAGGGUUAUGUAACCACGCUGUUUUGAUUUUUGAAGUUUAUUAAAUAAGAAUUUGUCAUUUAAUAUUAAAUACAUCACAGGAUGGUCACAAGAGUUUUGUAAGUUUAUUAAGAUUUUUUUUCUUUUUGAAAUGUGGUGGCUUUGCAAAAUAAACACAAUGCAAAACCACUUGCUGGUCACUGACAUGACAUGCA